CAUUACAAGAAUAAAUAUAACUUCAAUAAACCUGUUUCCGUGACACAUAGUUUUGAUAAUAUGAGCUCUCCACUAAUGCAUAUUGAAAGUUUCCUUGAAGCAUUAACAAACUGCGAUAAAGAUGGUAGAAUAGUUGUAAAUAAACAAGGAUUGUUAAGUCAGUCUAGUCUCAAGUUUCUGCUCUUAAAUCCAGCUGUUCAUUUUAGUAGUAUUGUUCAACAAGCUCGCUCCAUUAUAGUAGCUGGUGGAACUAUGCAGCCUAUAUCAGAAUUUACAGAUCAGUUAUUCCAUUCUGCUGGUGUUAGUCCUUCAAGAGUUGCUCUUUAUUCCUGUGGUCAUGUCAUACCAGCAGAUCAUAUAUUACCAUUAGCAAUAGCAACUGGUCCAUCUGGCCAACAGAUGGAUUUUACAUAUCAGUUUCGAGAUAGUCCGUCAUUGUUAGAUGAAUUGGGUCGUAUAUUUAUCAACAUUUGUAAUGUGACACCUGGUGGUAUAGUCUGUUUCUUUCCAUCUUAUGAUUAUGAGAGCCAAGUUUAUAACCACUGGGAGAAAACAGGCUUCCUUAAUAGAUUGUCAAAUAAGAAGAAGGUGUUCAGAGAACCACGAAAGUCUGGAGGUGUUGAACAGAUUUUAUCAGACUAUGCGGCUUGUAUCAAAAGAUGUAAAACAUGGACUUCAAGCAGUAGUCAAACUGGUGCUAUCCUUCUAUGUGUUGUAGGUGCUAAAAUGAGUGAAGGAAUUAACUUCUCUGAUGAUUUAGGAAGAUGUGUUGUCAUGGUUGGAUUACCAUAUCCUAAUCUAAAAUCACCAGAAUUAAAAGAAAAAAUGGAUUACCUCAAUGCGAAUUAUCCUAAAGACAUUGAAGGGAGACAACCUGGUCAAGUUCAUUAUGAAAAUCUAUGUAUGAAAGCUGUUAAUCAGUCUAUUGGAAGAGCUAUACGUCACCGUGGAGAUUAUGCAACCAUUUUGUUGGUAGACAGACGUUAUAACAGAACUAAUGUUGUAUCCAAAUUACCUAACUGGAUAAGUGAACAUCUACAAAAACCAGAUAAAUUUGGUGUGGCAUUGAGUUGUAUAUCUAAGUUUUUUUCAAUGAAGAAAGACUUGCCAACUUGAAAGUACACUGAAUGUAUGAGGACAUACCAACAAUGAAAGUCGAGUGAUGUGUCUGUACGGAAUAAAAAAUCAUGUUAGAAAAACCUAUUCUCGAUUCUUGUAUGCAGGCAGUUAGCUAUUUUAAUAGUCAAACAAAAUCAAUAAUUUCUUUAAUACCUCUUGACUGAUUAAGGUCUAGUCUUUAAACGGGCAAUAUGAAAGAGUUUUCAUACAACAAUAAAUCAGAUGAUUGAUAUAUAAAUGUGCUGUUGUUAUGUUUUUUUAUUAUUAUUAUUGUACGUGCCUGAUUCAUGACAUAUAUUCCAAAUCGUGCAUUUUGACAGGAACUUGGGAAAGGUUUCCUUGCCACCAACCAAUCAUCAAAUAAAUACCAAUUUUGUUUAAUCGAAUGUCAUUAUGAUUGACAAGUGAAAAUUGUCCCCGAGUACAGCAAUGUCAAUAAGCCUGGUGCAGAAUCUCUAUGGAUCAAUAGUUCACAAAAUAAAAUUUGUAUCUUUGACUCGAUUGUAACUUUAUCCUGUCUUAGUCUACUAUGUUCAUGAAGAUAUUCAACUUUCUUCCUCUUAUUCUUUCUGCUCUUCAAAAAUAACUUUUUGUGUUUAACUGUUACACUUGAUCUGAUUUGUUAUAUAAAAGCUCACCAAUUCAAAACCUGUAAUAUUAACUUGCAUUGGCAAAACCAUUUAGGUGUAACAAAAUUUUAUCUUAAUAUUUUGUAUAUUCCAUUCAUUGAACUUGUUAAUUUAUUAAAUUAAAUUGUGUUACCAACUACCCUGUACUAUAAUAUUAUAGUAUCAGUUGUCAGGUUUGUUAUUUUGUCCAUAUAUUGAAUGAACACAUCGAUUGCUGGCAAAGAAUGUAAAUAAAUUAAGUUCUAAAACCAA